AUGAUCAAUUCUAAACCUACAGUAGUUUUCAUCCCAGGCUUCUGGCAUACCCCAGAAGGAUUUACACCUCUCGCCAAAGUUCUGGAAAAGGAAGGCUAUCCCUCUGUCCUGGUCAACCUACCCAGUGCAGGCGCUCACCCCGGGCACCCUGACUUCUCACAAGAUGUGGCUGCAAUUCGCAAGAUCAUUAUCGAAUUAGCCGAUGAGGGCAAGGAAGUCAUGGUGGUGAUGCACUCUGGUGGAAGUGUUAGCGGCAGCGAAGCUUCCCGUGACUUGGGUAAGAAGGAACGCCAAGCUGAGGGAAAGAAUGGCGGGAUAGUGAGAGUCAUUUAUAUUGGCAUUCUAUUACCCAGUGCAGGGAAGACUAUGUUUGAGACAUUUCAAGGCGUGGUUUCGCGUCCCGAUUUGGAUCCGGAUUUUGUGAUUGAUCCAGAUCAGAGCUUUCAUGUCUUUGCUGAAGAUGGCACUUCAACUAGCACUGACGGCGAUACGAGAUUUUAUAAUGAUCUCUCUGCAGAAGAUGCAAAAUAUUGGAGCAGCAAGUUGACUUCGCUUUCGCUAGGAGUUGGGAUGUCUCCAUUGACUUAUGAGGCUUGGAAAUACAUACCCUCAGCGUAUAUCAUGCCACUGCAAGACAAAAGCAUUCCGUUGAAGCAAGUUCGGCAGAUUGUAAAGGAAGCGAAUAUUGAGAUGGUGUUUGAAAUAGAGACAGGUCAUUGUCCAUAUCUUGUACAGCCAGAGACAGUAGCUGGUUUCAUUCGAAAGGCAGGAGGAGAGAUUAUUUGAUUACCAUUAGAAGACCUGGAACAAUUGCCUCUAUCGGCCAAAUACAAUUAGCCCUUCUUUCAUGAUAUAAA